UGCGGUGUGGGGAAGGCGGAAGCGGAGGGCGCUGGGGGAGCCAUGGGGGUGAAGCUGGAGAUGCUGAGGAUGUUCCUGUACCUGUCCUUCCCGGUCGGGGUGUUCUGGGUGUCCAACCAGGCCGAGUUUUUCGAGCGUCACGUGAUCGAGCGCAAGAGGGAGAUUUUCCCGCCGGACGAUCCCGAACGGCGCCGGGCCAUGGCUGAGCUGAAGCGGCGGCUGCGGGAGGGGAAGGGGGCCCAGGCGUGAGGGGACCCGGGGACACCCCUGGGGACACCCCUGGGGACAGAGGGGACACAUGGUGGCUGCCACCGUGACAUCGCUGGGGACACCUCCUGUCCCCUCCUGUCCCCUCCUGUCCCCUCUUGUCACCGGGAGCGCCGCCGACACCGGCACGGGGGUGGCCCUGGCGACAAAGGGGACAGGACGUGGCUGCAGCUGUGACACCGCAGGGACCGCCCUGCUGGCACAGGGGACACGAGGCCACCUCCUGUCACCUGUGACCACGGCCACGCCCCGGUGACAACGCCCUGAGCGCGUUGGUGGCAGCGAGCGCGACACCCGCGACCGGUGACGUCGAGGUGACAUCGAGACAGCAUCGUGGUGACGUCACGGUGACAUCGUGGUGACAUGGUGACAUCGCAGUGACAUUGUGGUGGCAUCAUGGUGGCAUUGCAGUGACAUUGUGGUGGCAUCAUGGUGGCAUCGCAGUGACGUCGUGGUGACGUCGUGGUGACGUCACGGUGACAUCGUGGUGACAGGGGACGCGCGGCCACCUCGUGUCACCGAAGGCCCGUCAUGACAGCGUCGUGGUGACAACCGCGGUGACAAAGUGGCGGGUGGCACUGUCCUGUCCUGGUGCCACCCCCUGAGCGCGCCGGUGACAGAGGGGACACGUGGCAUUGUCCUGGUGCCACCAGCGCAGCUGGCAGAGGGGACACGGGGGGAGGGGACACGUGGGCCGCUCUCGUGCGGGUGACAGGCAGGCCACGUGCCCUGGGCUGAUGCCACCCCCGCAGGUGGCACCGGGGUCACGCGGCCACCCCCCGUGUCCCCACGCUGGGAACAGGCAGGGGACAAACGGGACACGUGUCCGGAGCUGCCGCUGCCCCCCCGGCCCGAGGGGACACCCCUGGCUGUCCCUCCCCAAUAAACGGCGCUGGCACCGCCCGGGCUGUCCCCAGGGUGGCACCGGGGGCUGGCAGGGCCACCCGGGGGUCCUGUGUCCCCCAGUGUCCCCUGGGGGUGUCCCCGCGGGUGUCCCGUGUCCCUCAGCGUCA